UAGUGCAAGUACCCUUGGCAAGUCACCCGCGCCCAAUAGGCAAACAACCGCUUCAUUUUAUUUGCCCUAAUCCUUCUCUUUUACCUCCAUAGCACUGAAAAACCCCUAAACUCAGAGAGAAAACCUCUGCAGCUUUUGUCAAAAACGCCUCUCGAAACUCUUCGUCGACGCCUCGAUUUCGUCUUUCCGUCAGUCCACCAGAUUUUAAACUAUGGGCGAUAGUGAAACUGCGGUAGCUCAAACCUCGUCAGUCACUGACUAUAAAUCUGCUGGUUAUUCGUCAAAAGUUCCUGAUGAUGCUGGCACCCAUACUUCUUCCGAUGCUGGAAAUGCUGGGGAUUUGGCCACUCCAUGUCCAAAUGGCGCUGGGGAGUUAGCAUCUUCUAAUGUAGAAGCUGGAAACCUAUAUACUGCUGAUGCAGUGUCUACCCAGCAAGAAGGUGCUACUGCUAUGACAUAUGAGGCCAGCCAGGAUCUUGCAGCUCUAGAAGAUGCAGCUGCAGGUUCAUCCCAAGCGGCUGUUUAUGACUCUUCUGCAAAUGGCAACAGCACUAUUGAAGCAAGAGACAUUGCUGAAAAUGGGAUUGCAUCAGAUGUCCAUGGAAAUUCCAAUAUGCAUCAGCCAGAAGAUGGCUUAGCUUUAUCUCCUGAAGAGGAAAGAUUAUGGAGCAUAGUAAGGACAAAUUCUUUAGACUUCAAUGCCUGGACUUCCCUUAUUGAGGAGACAGAGAAGAUGUCAGAGGGCAACAUUUUGAAGAUUCGGAAGGUUUAUGAUGCAUUCUUGGCAGAAUUUCCUCUAUGUUACGGUUAUUGGAAGAAAUAUGCAGAUCAUGAGGCACGUCUUGGUUCUGUCGACAAAGUUGUGGAGGUCUAUGAACGAGCUGUUCAAGGCGUGACAUAUUCGGUAGAUAUGUGGUUGCACUAUUGUGUUUUUGCUAUAAGCACUUAUGGAGAUCCUGACACCAUUAGAAGGUUAUUUGAAAGAGGAUUAGUGUAUGUUGGAACAGACUACCUGUCUUUUCCACUUUGGGAUAAGUACCUGGAGUACGAGUACACACAGCAGGCCUGGUCAAAUGUUGCUGCCAUAUACACUCAGAUAUUGCAGAAUCCAAAUCAGCAGCUCGAUCGCUAUUUUGAAGGUUUUAAGGAGCUGGUGGCUAGUAGGCCUAUAUCAGAGCUACGAACUCCUGAAGAAGCUGCAGCUGCAGCAGAAGCUGGCAGUGAACAGAUUGAGGGAGAGGUUAAUCCUAGUUCUGAGCCUUCUAAACCUGUAAGUGCAAUCUUAAAAGAUGCCGAGGAGUUGGAGAAGUAUAUCGCCAUUAGAGAAGAGAUGUAUAAGAAAGCUAAAGAGUUCGAUUCUAAGAUCAUUGAUUUUGAAACUGCUAUAAGGAGGCCAUACUUUCAUGUGCGGCCUCUUAAUGUUGCGGAGCUUGAAAAUUGGAACAGUUAUCUUGAUUUCAUAGAAGGAGGAGAUGACUUCAAUAAGGUGGUCAAGCUGUAUGAGAGAUGUCUGAUUGCUUGUGCCAAUUAUCCUGAAUUUUGGAUUCGGUAUGUUUCGUGUAUGGAAACAAGUGGAAGUUUGGAUCUUGCCGAUAAUGCCCUUGCUCGUGCCACUCAAGUCUUUGUCAAGAGACAGCCAGAGAUUCACCUUUUUGCUGCUCGAUUGCGGGAGCAACGUGGUGAUAUACCUGGUGCUCAGGCUGCGUAUCAACUUGUGCACGCUGAAAUAUCACCUGGACUUGUAGAAGCAAUAAUCAAGCAUGCGAACAUGGAACGUCGACUUGGGAAUCUUGAGGAUGCCUGUUCAGUAUACGAACAAGCUAUCGCCAUUGAAAAAGGAAAGGAGCACUCGCAGAGUCUGCCAUUAUUGCUUGCACAGUACUCUCGGUUUUUGUACUUGGUUUCUGGGAAGGUGGGAAAAGCUCGGGAAAUUCUUGAUCAAGCAGUUGAGAAUGUCCAGUUGUCAAAACCACUUCUGGAGGCAGUGAUCCAUUUAGAAUCCAUUCAGUCGCUACCAAAGAGAAUAGAUUUGCUGGAUUCAUUGGUUGAUAAGUUCAUAGUUCCAUCCCCUGAGAACCCUAGCGUUGCAAGUGUUGAUGAAAGAGAGGAGUUAUCAAGCAUUUUCUUGGAGUUUCUAGAUCUUUUUGGAGAUGCAGCAUCAAUUAAGAAGGCUGAUGAUCGGCAUGCUAAGCUCUUCUUACGCCAUAGAACCUCUUCAGAUUCAAAGAAACGUCAGGCUGACGAUUAUUUAGUUUCUGAGAAGACAAAGCUGGCAAAGUCUGCUGUUGCAGCAUCUAACCCCUCAGUGGCUGGUGCAUUUCCUGGAGCGCAAAAUCAAUGGCCUGCAGGUUAUGGUGUACAAGGUCAAACCUGGCCACAGGCUGCACAAGCCCCACCACAGCAGUGGAAUCCUGGUUAUGCACAACAGGCAGCAUAUGGUGCUUACAGCAGUUACGGAGCCAGCUAUGCACCUCCUCAAGGGCCUGCACCAGUGCCCUCAAGUGCUGGUUAUGGUGCUUAUCCUUCAACAUACCCGGCGCAGGUAAGUGGAGCGCCUUUUAUAUAUCAGCAUUUUCAUUGCUUGUCUAGCAUACAUUACCAACUUGCAUUAUGGUUUCAGCAGGGAUACUUUAUUAACCAGUUCUAUAGUUUUCAUGGUUACCUUUUUUUGGGUAAAAAAUUGUUUUCAUGUCCUUGUAUGCUAAGAAUGGUUGGUGAGAUUAAAAUUUGAUGCCCUCUAAGUUACCCAGUUUUAAGUCUGAAAAUGGUGGUGAGGCCACAAGGCUUGCUAAAUUGUAGCAUUUCAGUGUUCAAAAUUGAAUCGUUUCAUUUACUUCUAUUAUCUUGAGAAUGUAACUAUCAAGAAGUAGUUCAUCCAUUCAUCUCUUUUAUGUUGAUUUCAUCGGUCAAAGUUACUAGGGCAUUAGACAUAGUUCUAGAAUCCAGAGUAAGACUAGAAAUUGGUGUCCUGCUGCCAGUAGCUCUUAUACAUUAAAUAUAUGUUGGAGAAAUUGCACUUCAGGCUUAAUUCACGGUUAACCCUUGUGUUUGGAAUGGUGUGACAAUGAACCUUUAUCCUCACAGAAACACACAAGUCCAAGAUCACCAAAUUGGUACAUCCAAUGGUCUAGUGUGCUUUGGGAAUACACUGUUAUUCCUGCCAAAUAUUGUAGAUAGCACAUGUGCUUUAGUGAAAGGGCCUUCCACCUCCAACUGCGACGUUGGGGGUAGGGGUGGGCAUAUAUCGGGUAAAACCGAUA